CAGACUGCGCUCCACUGGUCAGCGUUCUAUAACAGGCCAGAGCACGUCAGACUGCUCAUCAAACAUGACUCCAACAUUGGCAUCCCUGACAGCGAGGGCAAGAUCCCCCUACACUGGGCUGCUCACAGCCAGGAGCACACCGCUAUACACACCGUCCGCUGCAUACUGGAGGCGGCUCCUACCGAGUCUCUGUUGAACUGGCAGGACUAUGAGGGGCGCACACCUUUGCACUUUGCUGUUGCCGACGGCAACGAGGCAGUGGUGGAGGUGCUGACAUCGUAUGACGGCUGCAGCGUCACGGCGUACGACAACCUGUUCAGAACCCCGCUGCACUGGGCUGCACUGCUGGGACAUGCCAAGAUAGUGCACUUGUUGUUGGAGAGGAACACGUCAGGCACCAUCCCCUCAGACAGCCAUGGGGCCACACCUCUACACUAUGGAGCUCAGAGCAACUACGCUGAGACGGUGGGUGUGUUUCUGUCCCACCCCUCUGUGAAAGACGAGCCAGAUCUGGAGGGCCGCACAGCGUUCAUGUGGGCUGCUGGCAAAGGAAGCGAUGAUGUCAUACGCACCAUGCUGACACUCACGCCUCACAUCGACAUCAACAUGGCCGACAAGUACGGAGGCACUGCGCUGCACGUGGCCUCUCUGUCAGGUCAUGUGAGUACAGUGAGGUUGCUGUUGGAGAGAGGAGCCAUAGUGGACAGUCUAGACGUGAUGAAACACACGCCUCUGUUCAGAGCCUGUGAGAUGGGACACCGCCACAUCAUCCUCACACUUAUCAAAGGCUCUGCUCGUGUCCACCUGGUGGAUCUAGAUGGACACACUGCUCUCCACUGGGCGGCUCUGGGGGGGAACGCUGAAGUCUGCCAGUUGCUGAUGGAGAAUGGGAUCAGUCCUAACGUCCAGGACCAGGCAGGCAGGACUCCUCUCCAGUGUGCUGCUUAUGGAGGGUACAUCACCUGUAUGGCUGUACUACUCAUGGAGAACAACGCCGACCCUAAUAUACAGGACAAAGAGGGCAGGACAGCUCUCCACUGGUCCUGUAACAAUGGCUAUCUGGAUGCUGUGAAGCUGCUGCUGAACUCUAAUGCCUUCCCCAACCACAUGGAACACAACGAGGAGAGGUACACCCCCCUGGACUACGCCCUCCUAGGGGAACACAGUGAGGUGACUCAGUACAUGUUGGAGCAUGGAGCUCUGUCUAUAGCGGCCAUCCAGGACAUCGCUGCUGCUUCCAUCCAGGCGCUGUAUAAAGGAUACACGGUCCGCAAGGCCUUCACUGAGAGGAAACAACUACUGAUGAGACACGAACAGCUACGCAAGGACGCAGCCAAGAAACGCGAGGAGGAGCAGCGGAGGCGGGAGGCGGAGCAGCAAAUCUCAUUGGCCAGAACAGAGAAACAGAGGAUGUUAUUGGCCCGCGCUGAGCAGGAGCAGCUGUCAUUGGCUGAGACUAUGAAGGAACUGUCAGUGUAUGAGAGAGAGGCAGGGGGCGGGGCUAAUACAGCCUCCAAAGCAGAACAGACCAAUAGCAAAGAGGAGACACGGAAACAUAGAGCACAUAGAAGCAGACCCUCCAGGAGAGGGAAGGAGGCGCAGCCAGCCAAAGGCCCUGACCCCGUGGUGACCCCUCACCCCUCAGUGACCUCUGACCCCAUGCCCCCUGCGCAGGGGUCUAGGGUCAGGGAGCGUCUCUCUCCUGCAGGCUGCAGCCGACCCCCCAGUCCAAAACACAGACCCCCCACCACACCCAGGACCAAGAGACUCACCUCUGCAAACACACACACUCCUUCCAAAACACACACUCCCUCCAACACACACACUCCCUCCAACACACACACUCCUUCCAACACACACACUCCCUCCAACACCAAGAACCACACUAAAGCCUCCACACAGUCACACCGCCCCAGCAGCAAGCCCAGGGAGCGGGACAGAGACCAGGCUGCCUGCACUAUCCAACGAGCCUGGAGGAGGUUCCAUGUGCGAGGCAGAUUGAGGGAGGCUUUUGGUGCUGGGAAAAGAGUGGAGCCACCUGAGGUCGCCUCCCUCCUGAUCCAGCUGCUCUGGGAUAGGCCGGCUUUCCCUGGUCACACCCCUAUUAGGACCAAGCCUGAGGCCAGAGUUCCACCCACCAAGACAGCAGCCAAGAGCUCAGUGCUGCAAAGCAUCUAUGGAGGUUCUGUGGCCCGAAGGGGGCGCUCACUCGGGGGUUCUCAGUCUCAGAUACUACUGGACCUGUCACUACGCACACACAGCCAGCUGAGUAGUGUGGAGUGUGUGCACCUGUGUGAUGCAGUGGGGCAGGCCAGGCAGUACUCCUACCACCUCAGACCCCACAGCGCUGGACAGGGCCGGGGGAAACACUGA